AUGGUGAUGCGGGUUCUCAGGCAGCCCUGGCAGCCAGGACCCCGGUGGGGGGGUCCCGGAGAGGCGGUCCCGGGUGGGCAGAGGGCGAAGGACGACGAUCCUGCGACGCAGCCAGCUGAGGAAAGGCUGCGGGCACUCAGCGCGCGCAUCGUGGAGCCGCUCUCUGCAGUGACGGCGCUGGUGGGGCAGCUAGAUCCCGCUGGGGAGAGUCGGACCGAGACGAUGACGGGACCAGCGGGGGGCAACCUUGCCUCCGCCAUGGCGGUGCCCCGUUACCUGCUUCGGGCUCUACUGGGGGAUCUUUGUCUUUGUCUGGCAGCGGCGGCCCCAUACAUGUAUGAGGACCACAUCGUGGGUGGUUCCGAGUGCGCUGCCCACUCGCAGCCGUGGCAGGUGUCCCUCAACAUCGGAUACCACUUCUGCGGAGGCUCCCUGAUCAACAGCCAGUGGGUCGUGUCUGCCGCUCACUGCUACCAGACCGCGUCCCGCAUCUCCGUGCGCAUCGGCGAGCACAACAUCUUCGUGAACGAGGGCACCGAGCAGCAGAUCCAGGCCUCCAAGGCGAUCCAGCACCCCCAGUACAACUCCUGGACCAUCGACAACGACAUCAUGCUCAUCAAGCUGUCCUCACCCGCCACCCUCAAUCAGUACGCGCAGGCCAUCGCGCUGCCCUCCUCCUGCGUCAACACCGGAGUCAUGUGCACCAUCUCCGGCUGGGGCGAGACCCAGACCAGCGUCGGCAGUCCCGACGUCCUCAUGUGCGUCCAGGCGCCCGUGCUGAGCGACACCUCCUGCAGGAACUCCUACCCCGGUGACAUCACCAACAACAUGAUCUGCCUGGGAUACCUGGAGGGCGGCAAGGACUCCUGCCAGGGAGACUCCGGCGGCCCCGUCGUGUGCAAUGGCGAGCUGCAGGGCAUCGUGUCCUGGGGCCGUGGUUGCGCCCUGCCCAACUACCCCGGCGUGUACACCAAGGUGUGCAACUACAACGCCUGGAUCGCGCAGACCAUCGCGGCCAACUAAGCGUGGAUCUGGCAAACUACUCUUCACCGCGACCAUAACGAUGAUCAUGACAACAAUUCUUAUGGUGUAACCAAAUGAAUAAAAAUGUGAACUAAUCA